UUGUUCCCCUCAUGUCUGUAGGAUAUCGGUAUCGGCAUUACUAAUUUCCGUCACUACUUUGUCCUAGUUUGUAGGAUAUCGUUAUCAUGUAUUACUCUUAGCUUUAACGAUUUCCGUUAUUAAUUCAUCCUAGCUAAUAAACAAAGCGUAACCUUCAAAAGACACUAAAUUAGUCUUUUGUGCAGCCAAUUAUGACGUCCAAUCGUACAGCUUUUCAGGAAAAGCUUGCCCUCAUCAUGGAAGAAUUAGCAAACUCGGCUGUAGCAGAAAUAUGCAAACUUGUAGAUGAUGGCUAUUCGGUUUUGUGCUUGGAAAUCUCACAAAGGCAAAAAGAGAACGAUGAUCUGAAAAUGAAAAUAAUGAUGAUGGAGCAGAUGGGUGCGAAGAAUCGUGCGGAAAGGGCAUCUGUGAGGCUAGGGGACGCUCUUAAUAACAGUACUAGUGAAGUCAAGGUUUUUGGUAAAGUUCGGGGGUUAACAGAACGUGGUUCUCCCAGUAUAGCGAUGCACUGCGUGCCUCAUCUGACAUUAGCUGCGCGUGGAGAUGAAGGGACACCUGCGCCGCCUCCACUGGCCGCAUCGACACGAGCUGCUGUAAGGGGGGACAAGCAUGCUGAUGUGAAGCAAACAAAGUCUGAAUGCCUGCCUAUCAAAGAGGAGAAACUUGAGGAAGUCUUAGAUAGCAGUGGGCAGGAUGACCUGCAGAAUACUAGCCAGCAGAUGGUCGGAGAGGUACUUGGGAGCCAGUUGAUGGAAAACUUCAGAGGGGAGAAUACGCCCACACAGGGGACAGAGAGCAUCACUGAGUGGCAGCAGGGUGGGCAAAUCAUUCCAGAGACCACUGCCUCGGAGAUGGAGGUGGUCCUCAAGUCAGAACCGGAGAAGGAGCUCCGAUGCCAAGGAUUUGAGCAUAGGGAAGACGCACUGGGUCCUCAUUGCUUGGCUCAUUUGAUGCACAAGAUGCCCAGUCCAGUGACUGACGAAAUGGAAGCAGAGGGCCGGCUAUGCUUGGAUGCUACAGCUGCACAGAUCUCCUCAGUCCCGUCGGAAUUUCAGCCCGUUCUGUCCUCCAUAGGGUCACUGAGCACAAAACCUGAUGCCGUUCCAAUGAACUCUGUAUCUCUUGAGUAUGUGAUGCACUCGACAUGGAACAAAGAGACGGUUCACAUGCAGCACAAGCAGUACAGCGAAAACAGGGAAGCAGACCUUCAGACAGGUAGUGUACCCAGCACAGGUCCUCAGGUGACACCUGCCUUAUCAUCCUAUGUCCCAGAGAUGAAUGGAAUUUUAACCAGUUAUAAACAUUUCACUGUACCAGAGACUGUGAAGUCUUGUGCAAAAGUUGGAGCAAAGAAUAAGCUGUUCAUGUGUAAAUAUUGUGGGAAGUGUUGCACUCGAUCAGGCAAUCUUAAAAGACACCAGAGGGUCCACACUGGGGAAAAGCCUUUUGGUUGCCCUCAGUGUGGGAAGAAAUUCACACAGUCAUGUAGCCUUAAGAGGCAUCAAAGUAUUCACACAGCAGAAAAGCAGAAAAGCUUUUUAAAUGCACACAGUGUGGACAGAGGUUUUCUGAUUUAAAGUCUUCAAAGUCCACCUGACAAGAAGUCCCCUUUGCAGUCUCCCUGUGUUUUUGAGAUGUUAUUGAACAUGUUAUCACAUACAGCUUUAUUUGCAGCUAAUUAGUUUUAAUCAAUUCAAUCAAUGUAAUAAUGGCACUAUUUGGUAACUAAAUUUAAAAUGUGUUGUUAAGAUAUGUUUCUUCAUUUUUCACGUGGAUUUGUAAUGAGAAUUUGGAAUGUAUUUUACAAAGGGCGCAUAUUUUUCGUGAGCAGCGGUCAAGGUAAUGUACGAAGGAUUUUGGAGUAAGCAGUGAAGAAUAAACUACUCUGGAAAAUGGGGAUAAUAUGCGGACAAUA